AAAUUGCUUCCGGUCGGCGGGGGUAUAAAGUGUCGAACUGGUCCUCACCUUUCCUUAAUUUUUCUCCUCCCGCUUCCCAUCUUAUAUCCGCUCCCUCAGCAGCAGGGACAUAACCGAAUCCCCUUCCCAUUUCCGAUCCAGGGUUUCGUCGCUGGCGCCAUGGCUGCCUCCAACCCCGGGAGUCUCAAGACUGAACAAGAAUCCGAAGGUUCAACACAAACCACUGCAGAUAUGACAGCAUUUGUACAAAAUCUCCUUGUGCAGAUGCAAACCAGAUUCCAGGCAAUGUCAGAGAGCAUUGUUUCGAAGAUAGAUGAAAUGGGAAGCAAGAUUGAUGAACUGGAGCAAAGCAUCAAUGACCUGAAAGCUGAGAUGGGGGCAGAGGGUGCAACCAAGCCAAAAUCUGACGAACCCAAGCCUCCAGAAGAGUCAGCAUAAGCUACAACAAACAGGUGUCUCUGAGGCCAUACCGAUACCAAACUUGAGAGUGGCUUCUUAUGGUGAUCAUUUUUACCUAUGUUGGUUUGUGUAAGCUUCCCUUUGUUUUAGAUGAUAGGACAAAACAGGGAUUACUGUGUUUACUUGUUUCUGGUACACUGAAAUAGGCUGCUGACAAUGCUUCAUUGCUAAGUUUCGGAGAGUAUAUGAAGGGAUCAUGUCUUAGUAUUGUUAAUUCUGCAAGACCAACUACUCAACAUAUUAUGUGAUUGUCAUAGUGAAUUUUGAACGUCAGAAGGCUCUUUAUCCUUGCCAUGUGCUUUAAAAAAGUCAAUAUUUUAGCUA